GCUCCCCGCAUUCUUCCAUCGGCUCGGUAUCAAUCCCAUCACCACCUCAAUUAACUAUCCGAUUUCUUCAACCUGCUGUGGAAAAAGGAGAAGAAAUAGAACAAAGAGAGAAAAAAUAAGAGAAGGCAUAUAAUAAUAAUAAUAAUAAUAAUAAUACUAAUACUUGCAAUCCCCCCUAUCCCGAUCCCCCGCUCCCGCACGCCUCCUCCGCACCCUAUACCGACAGCGACAGCGACAGCGACACAGACACAGACACAGACACCGCAAUGUCCACCACAACACCUCCCAACCAGGAUCCUCCUCCUACCCCUGCUGCUGCUGCUGCUCUACCCUCCUCCUCCUCCUCCUCCUCCGGGCCCGCUAUAACAACAACAUCACCUCCACUACCAUCUCCCGAACAAAACAUCCCCACCACAACGGCCCCCCCGCCCUCCUCUACAACCACAACCAAAACCACAUCAGCGUCCCCAUCCCCCUAUCAAGCCUUCCACACAUACCCGUUCGCCACAGACGCGGAGUUCAAACUAGGUCUCGGCGUGAUUCUGGGAAAACCGGCGGGGACGCCCGCGACGGAGGAUGAGGUGACGGGGACUCGUACGGGUGAUGGCGAUGGCGAUGGCGGGGAUGGGGAUGGGGAUGAGUACGCAGCGCUCGGCGGCGAGUUACUGCUGAAGGCGAAGAUGUUUUAUUUUGCGAAGAAAUUCCCCUCAACAACCACAACCCCCCUAACACCAAAGGGCUACAUAACCUACCUCCAACAACUAAAAAACAACCCCAACCCGAACCCCCCAUCCUCCUCCUCACUCCCCCCUCAAUCUCUCCCUCCAUCUUCCGCUCCUCCCCCACCCCCUUCUUCAACCACAACCACAACAGCCACCCCCCCGCAGCCCCACAGGGAACCAACCUACCCAACCCCCUUCGCCCACAUCGUAAACCUAAUCACAACCAACCAGCCAAUCCCCGGCAUCCAGGAGAUCCCAGACACGGUUCUGACGGGUAAAGAUAAACCGAGCGUUGCUGAGCGGCGGCGGAAGCCGUGGGAGGUUGCUACCGCUGCUAAUGCCUCCGAUGCCCCCGAUGAUGGUGCUGAUGGUGGAAGUACUAGUAUUGAGGGUGGUGGGGAUGGUGCGGGAGUGGGUAAGGAGAAGGAGAAGGAGAAGGAGGAUAAAGGUGGCGAGGUGGAAGAGCAGCAGCAGCAGCUUCAAUGAUGAUUGACAAUUGUGGGGGUGGAGAGGGAGAUUCCGCUGUUAUGGCGGUUCAGUAGAUGGUAAAAGCUAUGAAGAGGCGAAAGCUGGGUAGGAAUUAAUAAACAAGACAUUGAACCCACUUACAUACAAACACCCUCAGAUACAAACACACUCAUAUAUAUAUAGAUAUACAUAACUACACCACGUAUUAUAUUAGAUACCACAGUCAUUUUAUUAUCAUGUUGUCCCCGCAAUUAUGUUAUUAAACGAUAACUAUUCUUGUCCGAAUCGUGGUUAAAAUACACUGUUAAUCCCGUGAUUAAAAAGAAUAGGGGUUUUUUUUUUUUUUAUAUGCCAACGGCCAGCCCUUCGUUAGACAAGCUUUGCGGUUGCCUCCAGUCUCAAAAUUGCAAAUGUCCAUCCAGCCCGAGAAUCAAAACAUAUUGGCGGCAAUUAAUAGCACAAAGA